AUGAAAAAAACGACAUUUAGAUUUUAUCUUGUAUUUUUAUAUGCAAUAUUAGUUUUAUAUAUAGGUGGUAUUGAAGAUGCAAUUUCAAAUGGUGGGGCGAUGGGAUAUGAACAACCAAAAACAAACUUUUAUAAUGGUGGUAAUGGUAAAGCGGAUUAUAAUGUUGAACAUUUUUUCAGAGGUGAACAUACAAAUAAUUGGGCACUUUUAGUUUGCACAUCAAGAUUUUGGUUUAACUAUAGACAUAUAGCAAAUGUAUUAGGUUUUUAUAGAACUGUUAAGAAAUUAGGUAUACCUGAUUCACAAAUUAUAUUAAUGUUAGCAGAUGAUAUGGCAUGUAAUCCUAGAAAUUCAUAUGCUGGUAGUAUAUUCAAUAAUGAAAAUCAUAAAUUGAAUUUAUAUGGUGAUAAUAUUGAAGUUGACUAUAGAGGAUAUGAAGUUAAUGUUGAAAAUUUCAUUAGAGUGUUAACUGGUAGACAUGAACCAGAGGUAGCACGUUCAAAGAGAUUAUUGACAGAUGAUAAAAGUAAUAUUUUAAUUUUCUUAACUGGUCAUGGUGGUGAUGAAUUUUUAAAAUUUCAAGAUAAUGAAGAGAUUUCAAGUCAUGAUUUAGCUGAUGCUUUCAAACAAAUGUGGGAAAAGAAAAGAUAUCAUGAAAUUUUAUUCAUGGUUGAUACUUGUCAAGCUAAUACAUUAUAUACUCGUUUUAAUUCUCCAAAUAUUUUAGCAAUUGGUUCAAGUAAAUUUGGUGAAAAUAGUUAUUCUCAUCAUUCAGAUCCAGAAUUAGGGGUUGCAGUUAUUGAUAGAUUUACAUAUUAUACAUUGGAAUUCUUUGAAAGUGUUGACCCACAUAAUGUAACAUUAUAUCAAUUGUUCAAUACAUAUAGUCCACAAAAAUUACAAUCACAUAGUGAAUAUAGGACAGAUUUAUUCAAUAGACCAUUAGAUCAAGUUCCUGUUACAGACUUUUUUGGUUCUGUAAUGAGAGCUGAUUUAACUCCUUCAACAAUUGUAAAUGAAAAACAAAAAGAUGAAAAAGUAGAAAAAGAUGAAACUACUGUAAAUAAUAAUAAUAAUAAUAAUAACAACGAUAAUGUAAAAAAACAAACACCAAAAACUAAACAAAUUUCAUAUAGAAUUACAGAGAAACCAACAUCAAUCCAAGUACAAAAUAACAAAGAUAGUGAAUUAAAUCUUUUCAAUUCAAAAUUUAUUACUUCAGCUUUAAUAUUUUUAGUAGUAUUUGGAUUACUUUCUUGGUCUUCUGAUUUUGUAAAAUCAAAUCUUAUUUUAAAUACAAAUGAUUUAAAAGAUCUGAAAUCAAAAUCAAAGCAAAUUUAA